AUGCUCGUUCAAAGGACACGCCCAGCCCUCGGGCGUCUCAUGGCCACCCGCGGCUUUGCUACCCCGGCCGCUCUCCCCACCAAGGACUGCACCUCCAUCACCCCUCCCUACCCCCGCCUCCUCAAGACCCUCGAUGAGGUCCGCGGCGUCCUCGGCAAGGACCACAAGCUCACCCUCGCCGAGAAGAUUCUCUACGCCCACCUCCGCAACCCGGAGGAGUCGCUCGGUGGUGGUGGCAAGAUUCGCGGCGAGCGCUACCUCAAGCUUCGCCCCGACCGCGUCGCCAUGCAGGACGCUUCUGCCCAGAUGGCCCUGCUCCAGUUCAUGACCUGCCGUCUCCCCUCGUGUGCUGUCCCCGCCUCGAUCCACUGUGACCACCUUAUCCAGGCUCAGACUGGUGCCGAGGCUGACCUCCCCCGCUCGAUCGAGCAGAACAAGGAGGUGUUCGACUUCCUCGAGUCGGCCGCUAAAAAGUACGGUAUCGAGUUCUGGGCCCCUGGAUCGGGUAUCAUCCACCAGAUCGUUCUCGAGAACUACGCCGCUCCCGGUCUCCUCAUGCUCGGCACCGACUCGCACACUCCCAACGCUGGCGGUCUCGGCAUGCUGGCCAUUGGUGUCGGUGGUGCCGACGCCGUUGACGCUCUCACCAACACCCCCUGGGAGCUCAAGGCGCCUUUGAUUACCGGUGUCAAGCUCACGGGCCAGCUUGGCGGCUGGGCUACUCCCAAGGACCUCAUCCUCCACCUCGCCGGCAAGCUCACCGUUCGCGGCGGCACUGGCCGUAUCCUCGAGUACUUUGGCCCUGGUGUUGAGGCCCAGUCGUGCACUGGUCUUGCCACCAUUGCCAACAUGGGUGCUGAGGUUGGCGCCACCACCUCGACCUUCCCUUACUCGGACAACAUGCGCCAGUACCUCACGGCCACUGGCCGUGCCCCCGUUGCUGCUGCCGCCGACGCUGCCGCCCAGGCUGGUUUCCUUUCCGCCGACGAGGGUGCCGAGUACGACGAGGUCAUCGAGAUCAACCUCUCCGAGCUUGAGCCUCACCUCAACGGCCCCUUCACCCCCGACCUUGCCACCCCCAUCUCCAAGUUCCCCCAGUUCCUCAAGGAGAACAAGUUCCCCACCGUUCUCUCGUCGGCCCUUAUUGGCUCGUGCACCAACUCGUCGUACGAGGACAUGUCCCGCGUCGCCUCGAUCGCCGAGCAGGCCAAGGCUGCUGGUCUUACCUCCAAGGUCCCCUUCCUCGUUACUCCUGGUUCGGAGAUGAUCCGCGCUACUGUCGAGCGCGACGGUCUCCAGGGCAAGCUCGAGGACGUGGGUGCCACCGUUCUCGCCAACGCCUGUGGCCCCUGCAUUGGUCAGUGGAAGCGUGACGAGCACCAGGGUGAGGACAACGCCAUCCUCACCUCGUUCAACCGCAACUUCAAGGCUCGUAACGACGGUAACCUCAAGACCAUGAACUUCCUUGCUUCCCCCGAGAUUGUUACCGCCAUGGCCUUUGCCGGUGACCUCAACUUCAACCCCGCUACCGACUCGAUCGAGACUCCCAACGGUCCCUUCAAGUUCCAGGCUCCCUCGGGUGACCGUCUCCCUCCCUCGGGCUACACGGGUGGUGACCUUUCAUUCUCGCCCUCGCCCUCGCCUGCUCCUGUGCCCGAGACUGAGAUUGCCAUCUCGCCCAGCUCGACCCGUCUCGAGAUCCUCGAGCCCUUCGGCACCGACUUUGCCAACGGCCCCGCCGAGCUCCCCGAGCUGACCUGCCUGCUCCGUGUCCGCGGCAAGUGCACCACCGACCACAUUUCGGCUGCUGGCGCUUGGCUCAAGUACAAGGGUCACCUUUCGAACAUUUCGGAGAACACCCUCAUGACCGCCGUCAACGACGAGGGCGGCCAGAUCAACGUCGCUCGUGACGCCUCGGGCGAGGACACCAUCCCCCACGUCAUGCAGAAGUACAAGGCCCGCAGCGAGCCUUGGAUGCUCGUUGUCGACGACAACUACGGUGAGGGCUCUGCCCGUGAGCACGCCGCUCUCCAGCCCCGCCACUACGGCUGUGGCCUCAUUGUUGCCCGCUCGUUUGCCCGUAUCCACGAGACCAACCUCAAGAAGCAGGGUAUCCUCCCCGUGUGGUUUGCCGACAAGGCCGACUACGCCAAGAUUUCGGCUGGCGACAAGGUCCAGACUGAGGGCCUCAAGGAGCUCCUGGCCGCUGGCGAGGGCCAGAUCCGUCUCAAGGUCACCAAGCCCUCGGGCGAGGUUGCCUUCAUCGAGACCACCCACACCAUGUCCGCCGACCAGCUCAACUGGCUGCGUGCUGGUUCGGCCCUCAACUACAUUGGCGAGCAGGCCCGUGCUUCCGGCGCUGUUUAA